AUGCCGCUGCCACUCGUACUCAUCAAUACUCCCAUUGAUUUGGGAAAGAUCAAGCUGGGCAACCUAGUACCUAACAUCCGUCAGCCUCACAUCGACGCUUUUGAGCCGAUCACCCUAACAGAGGAUGCAAUACAUGUGUCGGAGCAACUAGACUUCCGAACACGCAUCGAACAAAACAAAGGAUCGGCCCUAGAGGCCACUCUGACUCAGCUUCUUUCGGGGUCUUGGAAUAACUCUCGUACCCAUGUUCUCAACCUUUCGGCAUGCAAGGCCAUGUGUUAUGAGGUCAAAAGUCCACUAGCCUUUUUCAAAGAGAUCAUAUCUCAAGAGCGCACGCGGAUGAGAUUGCAAGAUGCCAUUGCUAGCGGCCAUAAGAUGUACGUGAUCACUGCUCUUCGGACCGUGAUAAACGCCGAGGUAUCUCAAUCGAUCUCGACCUCGAAGAACAUUUCUGCAGGAGGUGGUGUCCCACUCGGUGCCAUCCUAGCAGGGGGUAUCGACCCUACAGGUGGACUGGCAAAUAUUCAGGGUAAUCUAAGCACGGGGAUUAGCGCGCAGCAUACACAAGCAUAUCUAUCACCAACAGAACAGGUGUAUGCUGUUGGUUACAGACGUAUCGGAUUUAAGUGGUUUGUAAGCAAGAAUGUCGAUACCGCGUUUUUGGAUGUUAAGAAUAGGUGGAAAGUCAUGGGUGAGGAGAUUAUGGGGGAUGAAGAUGAAGACGAGGAGGACAUCAUCGAGGCCGACUUGGAAGAGACAGUCGACGAUGAUGACAUUGGCGGAGUUGAGAUGAUACAUGACUGA